AAUAUAAUUAAUCGUGAUCAAAAUGUUCUCAAUUGACGCACCCGUGGAAAUACAAAAUUCUGAAUAUUGCAACUAUCGGUCCCCACUGAGCACCAGAUAUGCCUCCAAAGAGAUGCAAUAUAAUUUCAGCGAUCAAAAGAAGUUUUCAACAUGGAGGAAGCUCUGGAUUUAUUUAGCAAAAGCUGAAAAGGAACUCGGCCUAGACAUCACCGAUGAGCAGAUCGCGGAGCUGGAAUCCGCCAUCCACGACAUUGACUUCAAAUCAGCCGCUGACCAUGAGAAGAAGGUCCGUCAUGACGUCAUGGCCCACGUCCACACCCUCGCCGAGAGGUGCCCUAAAGCUGCCCCCAUCAUCCACCUGGGAGCCACCUCAUGCUACGUGGGAGACAACACGGAUCUCAUCGUGUUGAAGCAUGGCUUGGACCUCCUACUGCCACGGUUGGCAGCUAUCAUCAGCCAACUCUCCAAAUUCGCUGAUGAAUACAAGUCACUCCCAAUGCUCGGAUUUACUCAUCUGCAACCAGCUCAACUGACCACUGUCGGCAAGAGAGCUUCACUUUGGCUCAGUGAUUUGCUCAUGGAUGAACGUGUUCUCUCCCGCGCCAGGGACGACCUCCGCUUCCGAGGAGUCAAAGGAACUACAGGAACUCAAGCCUCCUUCCUUCAACUCUUCAAGGGAGACGGUGAAAAAGUUCGAGCUCUCGAUAAAAGAGUUGCUGAACUCGCCGGCUUCGACAAGCGGUACAUCGUUACCGGACAAACUUAUUCAAGAAAAGUUGAUUUGGAAGUAAUUUCUGCUUUAUCCGGGCUUGGAGCUACUGUUCAUAAAAUGUGCUCUGACAUUCGUCUGUUAGCUUCACGCAAGGAGCUAGAGGAGCCUUUCGAAGCCUCCCAGAUAGGUUCCAGUGCUAUGCCUUACAAAAGGAACCCAAUGAGGUCGGAACGCUGCUGCGCUCUUGCCCGCCACCUCAUUACUUUACACGCUAAUGCUGCUAACACCCACGCUGUACAGUGGCUUGAACGUACUCUUGAUGAUUCAGCGAACCGCCGCAUCACUCUUGCUGAAGGCUUCUUAACCGCAGACGCCACUUUACUGACCCUGCUCAAUAUCUGCCAAGGGUUGGUCGUGUAUCCUAAAGUGAUUGCUCGUCAUAUUGAUCAGGAGCUACCCUUCAUGGCCACUGAGAAUAUUAUCAUGGCCAUGGUCCAGGCUGGUGGCGAUCGCCAGGUAUGUCAUGAGAAAAUAAGAGUACUGUCGCACGAAGCUGGUGCUCAAGUGAAACAGCAUGGAAAAGAUAAUGAUUUGAUCGAACGUGUGAAGAACGACAGCUACUUUGCUCCUAUUAUAUCGCAACUGGACAAGAUCCUGGAUGCGUCUACAUUUAUUGGUAGAGCUCCAGAACAAGUGACCGAGUUUAUUGAAGAAGAGGUCAAACCCGUACUCAACAAGUACAAACACUCUUUGGAUGAAGUAGCUAAACCUGUCGCAUUGAUGAUUUAAACAAUUUGCAUUUUGCUGCUUGCUUUUUAUAAUUAUGAUUACACGUAUUAAAGCAUUGUUAAAAAAUAAACAACUUGUUCAUUGAAUAAAAUCAUAUAUUUACAA